AUGAAUCUUCGUCUUCAAGAAAAGUUCUGUCAGGCACACAAAUCUCGUACCGCAGACGACGUUUGGCUGGACAGAGGUUAUCCCAAGAUCGACUGGUCUGCCCUGAGAUCUCGACUCGACGCACAUCAAGAUCAUAUCCACGCCGUUCUGGACGGCGACUAUGAAAGUCCCUACUACAAGCAGCAUGCUAAAGUCGUCACCGAUAUAAAGAAUCGUUCCAACACUGCAGCUGUUGCAUCAGGACGUUUUACUGGCUUGCGUGCCGGCUACUACGGAACAAAAGGCGAGAAGAUCAUGGCCGAAAACAUCAUCCAGACAUUUUCAGACAAACUUCGAUCUCUGUCCAGGACCGACCCACUCAUGGCUUCCGGUGGUGCAUCCGGUGGCGUGUCGGGCUAUGUGCACGCUAUCCUAGUACCAGAGAUGGCCCUUGGCCUAAUCAUGGAGGACAUGAACUGCGACAGAGACAAGGCCCAAGUCAUCCUGGCCGACAGCGCAGAUAUAGGCGAGCUAUUCAACGCAGAAGAAGACGAAAAAGUCCCACAAGUCGAGAUCGAUUUGCUGGAAACGAGCAGAGUCAACGAUGAUAGCGAGAUCAUCUACGCGACGCAAAAGCCUCGAAAACAGUUUCGAAAGGCCUAG